AGAUGGCCGCGCCCUUCAGCUUGGAGGCGUGACGUUGUUGGUUUGUUAUAACACGGUGUCAGGCAGAGUCAGAGUAAAACAUCUUGUCAAGUCUGCAGACUCUUAUUCGGUUCUUCUUUGACGCUGGCAAUAAUGGAUAAGGACAGUCUGAUUCUCCCCAAAGACUUUCCAGAGCUGAAGAACGACACAUUCCUGAGAGCCGCUCGAGGAGAAGAGAUUGAGCACAUUCCUGUGUGGUGCAUGAGACAGGCCGGCCGAUAUCUGCCAGAGUUCAGGGAAUCGAGGGCAGGGAAGGAUUUCUUCGAGACAUGCCGUUCCCCUGAAGCUUGCUGUGAGCUUACGCUACAGCCACUCAGACGCUUCCCGUUUGAUGCUGCCAUCAUCUUUUCUGACAUCUUGGUGGUCCCUCAGGCCAUGGGAAUGGAGGUUCAGAUGAGUCCUGGAAAAGGUCCCACAUUCCCAGAACCGCUGAAGGAGCCUGAAGAUCUGCAGAGACUGAAGUCUAAGGUUGACGUGUCGUCUGAACUCAACUACGUUUUCAAAGCCAUCACGUUGACACGACACAGAAUAGAGGGAAAAGUUCCUCUGAUCGGCUUCACUGGAGCUCCGUGGACUCUAAUGUCCUACAUGAUUGAAGGAGGAGGCUCCACGACACACUCAAAAGCUAAACGCUGGCUCUACAGAUAUCCAGAGGCCAGCCACAAACUCCUGAGCCAGCUAACAGACGUCAUAGUGGACUAUCUUCUGGGUCAGGUGAAAGCUGGAGCUCAGGCUCUGCAGGUUUUCGAGUCUCAUACUGGUUGUUUGGGCCCAGUGGAGUUUAAAGAGUUUUCUCUGCCAUAUCUGAGAGACAUUGUUCGCCGUGUUAAAGACAAGAUCAAAGAAUCUGGUUUGGACAAUGUGCCUAUGAUUGUUUUUGCUAAAGAUGGCCAUUACGGGCUUGAGGACCUCUCCGAGUCUGGUUAUGAAGUGGUGGGUCUCGACUGGACCAUAGAUCCGCGUUCAGCACGUAUCAGGACUGAAGGAAAAGUUAGUUUGCAAGGCAACAUGGAUCCCUGCGCUCUAUAUGCCACAAAGGAGCGCAUAUCAGAGAUUGUGAAGAGGAUGUUGGAGGGCUUUGGCACCAAGGGCUACAUCGCUAAUCUGGGUCACGGCCUGUACCCUGAUAUGGACCCAGAAAAUGUGGGGGCGUUCGUAGAGGCCGUUCACACCCACUCCCGCCAGCUCCUCAACCGCAAAUAAGACGCUACUCUCCCAUCAGAGGACCUGAAGCACAAGAGAAACAACGACUGUUGGUGUGCAGCGCUGUAGCGUUAGAUGUGUUGCAAGGUGAACUCUCAAAACCUGCUCAAAAAUGUCAAAAAACUUAUAUUUCACUCCCAAAUAAGAAAAUAUUUUGUGCUUAAAAAAAUCAUUGAGAACAUGCAUUUCAUCUUUCCCUCCAAAUUCUCAUUACCAUAAUGCUAAAAGUUUCUCAUUUACAAUACCAUAAUGUGAGUAAUUUCAGUAAUGUCAAAAGGAAAAAAAAGAGUAUAUAGAGUUCAGAUGCUUGUAAGUGCUAUCUGAAAUUUUCUUUUAAAAUUAGUGGGUUUUUUUGUUGUUGUUGUUGUUGUUGUUGUUUUUCCCUCUCAGGCUCCUGUAUUUGCUAUUCACUUUAAUGGCAAUGAAAAGAACCUAUUCUACUGAACCCACACAUGAGAGCCUGAGAAUAAAAUCCACAUCUAUAUAAGUAUAUUAUACAUGUGUAUAUAUACAUUUUUUUGUUGUGGGAAAAAAAAUGUGUGUGUGUGUGUGUGUGUGUCUGUCUGACCAUAAGAGCCAUGUCCUGGCCAGGAUUUCUGUACUGCUUAAAAUAUCUAGGUUUUGGCUUUGUUUGCGUUCAAACCAAUGACAAGGACGCAUCCGGGAAAAAUGGCAUGCAUGGUCACCUUAGUGUGUGUGUGUGUGUGUGUGUGUGUGUGUGUGUGUGUGUGUGUGUAUAUAUAAAAUAUAUAAUUAUAAUAUAUAUAUAUAUAUAAGUAUAGUUCACCUUGACUUAUGCUGUUUAUUUAUUAAAAAAUACUGUAUUGCUAUAAUAAUCAUUUAGUGGUAAAACGUGAAUGAGAAUUUGAGGGUAAAAUAUGGCAAAAAUCUUACAUGCAAAAUAAAGAAAAAUUCUCCUAAUGAUUUUGUGGUGAAAUGUGACCCAGAUAUUUCCUGACAGGCUUUUGAGAGAUUCACCCAAAAGGCUGGUCCUGACUCAUUUCAGUGAUUAUGUAGGCCGUCUUUUCUAUUUUACCUACUUUUUAUAAUGGCUCCACACCAAUCCAUCUAAUCUUUAAUAUAAUUUUCAUUCGAAACAUGUCUUUCUCAGUUGGAUUGAUGUGCUUUCAUUAGUUCCGAUGCACUGUACGAUCACUGAAGAAUGUGGAAUAAGUGAAGAAGGAUCAAAUCUGAUUAAAUCCCAAGCGCUGUAUGGGUUUGUUUUUAACGCAGUACCAUAGUAACAUCUGGGCUGAGACUGUCUUCACUGGAAUUGUGACUGACGCUAAUGAACCUCCGAGAAUGUGUGUACAUAUCAAUGGAUGUUUUAUACGACGCGAAAUAAAGAGUGAUCCUUUUAAGACAAA